UUUAUUCAGGUACCUGUUGGAUUUGUCGCUGUUGCAUUUGAUAUUGGCAAACAGAUCAUCAUUCGUCCCGAAGAUACUGAAUCCGGACCGUUCGAAACCAAUUCAGCUACGUUUCUGUUUGACAAACAAAAUGGGUUUCAAUCAGUUCAAUUGCAAGUGCGUGAAUUGGAUGAAUUGAAAGUGAAUACACGUGAUGGUAUCACAAUCAUCGCUCGAGGUUUAAUUACCUAUCGUAUCCAUGAUCCUCGAAGUGCAUUUAUGACUGUACAAGAUAUUCACGGUGCAGUGAAACGUGGUGCUGAAGCAACACUAACUAAACACGUUCGAGAAGCAUUUCUACAUGACUUCUCACGUAAAGUGCAUGAAUGGGGUAUUGAACUGAAAGAUCUGAAUCUUGAAAAAUUAGAGUUUGAUGGUAAUGUUAAAGAUUUAUUACGUAAACGUGCACAAGCUCGUAUUGAAACAGCUACGAAUUUGGCUAAUAUGUAUUCACAAACCGAAAUAGCCAUGCAACAAGCCGAUCGUGAAAAACGUCAGCAGCAAAUAAAAGCAGAAGCAGAAGCAUCAGUGAUCAAAACUCGUGCUGACGCUGAAUAUUAUGCAGCUGAAAGACACGUACAAGGAGCUCGACUUUUACAAGAAGUACCACUAUCGGCACAAUUGGAACUAAAACGUUUAGACGUUGAAAUGAUUCGUGCUACAGGUGAUAAAACCACAUUUCUACCAUUGAAUAUGCAAAUUGGUAGUAUGAAUACCAGAGAUCCAAAUAAUGGACAGAUGUAUUGGACAAUGCAGAAUAAUGAUGCAGUUACCAGAAUGUAA